UAAAUAUCAUUCUGACAAUUAGUUAUAUUCUAACAUUAUUUUAUUUGAAAUGUCACACUGGUUUUCUUAGAAUAUAUUAGUGAGAGAAGAACAACGCAAAGAAAAAUAUUUUGAGAAUAACGCAAAGAAAAAAUUCAAGAAUUUAGCAUAUUUUCUUUAGAUACAAGUGUUUCUUUUAAUAUUUCUUUUUCUUUAAUGCUUUUAAGACUUGCAUUUUAAUAAUCAUAUGAUUGUGAAUUCAAAGCGGAACAUUAGAAGCUGUUGCAUAGAUGGAGGUUAUCGUUGAUACUUUUAGUACUUUCUAGUAUUUCCAUUUUUCUGUAUAUAUAUUGGACAGUUUGUUUAUUCGUUUUACAAAAUAUUAUGGUUCCAUAAGCAUAGACAAUUUUUUACUCAUAAACAUAUUAACUAUUUAUACGUGUUAGUAAAUAUUAUUAGCGCUUAUAUAUAAUUUUGCCUUUGCCUUACAUCAUUAUUUUUUAGCGGAUAUAUAUGAUACUUAUUCAAAAUAGAGAAAGUUCAUUAGGUUUAAACUAUUAUAGCAAUCUGUUUGGAAUAUAUAAUAUUCCAUGAGUGUUCUUCAAUCAAACUGUUAAAAUGGAAGAAGAGCAGUCCUUUCAACCAAUCUUGAGCUCUCAAGAGGAGGACACUUUUCAGCAGUUGAACACUGUGCCAAUCGUAUCCAUACCACUUUUGCUUGGAGUUUCAUUGGAAAUUGCUGGGAUUGUGUUUGUGUCUGUCUGGCCAGAAGAGCAAAACAAAUGUGACACAUAUUUUACGUACUUAUACUUACAUUGUGCCUAUUGGCUGAUAGUCAUGGUGACAGACCAUGUUGUUAAGGCGAGGCAUCAUAAAUUGCGUAUUGAUGGAUACUUAGAUUUCUAUCAAAUAACAUAUCGACUUGUAAGGACGCCCCUUUUUAUCACAUCAUUGUGGAACACAUGCUAUUUGCUAUUAGCUGUGAUUCUACAUCACACGCACAAAACCGACUAUGAGCGAUACUGCAGGGCGUCGGAGUGGUUCACGCCGCUUAAUUAUAUUUUUCUCCUAACUAAUUUGGAAAUUGUGAUAAUCGUGCCGGCUUACAUUAAUUAUAUCAAGAGAGUUAUGAGAUUCAAUCAGUUACGUCCAUUGCCCGAUGUUACUCGCGACGAAUGGCUGUCACCGUUUACACAAGAUUCCUAUGCCGGAAUGGGAGAAGUCGGUUAUCAUCAAAGGGAAACGAAUUUGGAAGAAUUACUGGAGAAACAGGCAGACUUCAUAAGAUAUUUGAGGGAUCACAAUGUAAAACUAAGUCACAGAAUAAUGCUAUUAGCAUCUCAACAUAGAGCAAUGGAACCGUAAGAUAAGAAAAGUUGUGAUUACAUAUCACUCUUAUGAAGCGAUAAAUGAACGUCAUAAUUAUUUAUAAUCAUGAUAUUAUAAUAUAUUGGUCGAUUGUAAAGCCUUGCCCAAAAAUUUAACUUUUUAACAUCGUGAUAUAUAACGUGUCUUUUGAUGAAAUUGUAUAGAUCGAUAUAGAUAUAAUGAAUGUAUCUUUCUCUCUUAUUAUUAUUUAUUAUUUAAAGUUUAAAAAAAAUCUAUAUAUCUGUUUAAGUUUGUUAAAAAAAAAUUCUACAUAUUUUGUGGAUCUAUUUUCAUCAAAUUAGUUACAAGUUAUUUUUGUUUUGCAUUAUAUAUUUGAAACAUAUCUUGAUCUGUUAUGUAGAGAAUGUGUUACUCUCUUUUAUAUUUUCAGGCAUAUAUAUUUUUUAAUGGGAUUGUAUAUAUCUCUAUUUAUAGAUGUAAUUGUAAAUAAUAGAUUCGAGAUAACAGUGAAAAAGAUGCUUCAUAUAACACAUAUAUAACGCGUUGUUCACACAUAUUAUUGUGUUGCAGUCUAUAAUAAUAUACUCAAUAUAUUCUUAAAAUAAUGUCACGUUUGCUAACAUAUCAGUGACAAAGUUUUACGCGUUCGAGAAAAAAUCGAAAAGAACAGUCGCUGUAAAAGAGAAUACAAAUAUAUCCAUUGUCAACUCAAUAAAAUAUAUAUAUUUUUUCCAGUAGCAACCAUCGUUUUACAUACAUUAUUAUUUCGCAUACACACAACAUGAGCCUAUAAAUAAUUAGUCAAGCAGCGGUUUUUCUUAAUAAAACUCAACAGCUUGUCGCGCGCGUAUCUCUCACAUGUUACGAUAAUACAUCCAAAAUUUACAUAUAAAUUUCUAUUACGUUAACAUUAACUCGGCGUGAUAUAAUAUUACAUUGCAUUUUGUUGGGUCGCAAAAAGCAGCCGUUUAUUUUAUUGCAACGAUAGAAAGCAAAACCGAUAAAAACAUCGUUAUAUCGAACCAUGUUUUUUACUCGCAAUUUAUUUUGCUCGCGCGAAAUUAAAAUCACAUAUUUUUUCAACAUUUUAUUACAAAUCUGAUAAAUAUGUAUAUCAUAUAGCCGCCUCUAACAUGCAGUCGUACGAAUAAUAAUGAGUAAAAACUACAUGGUGACAAUAUACAUAUAUGUAUAAUAUCUGCAAUUCUCUUAACGUAAUAGUAACGAUCGUAUAUAGGAUAUCUCGUAGCAGCAAAAAUAACGCAAAUUUCUCGUUUCGCAUUCGUAUCCAGCAUUACUUUGCAGUCUUCCCGAAUAUGUUGAAGAAAUUAUUGCCUUGCGCAGUAUCACUCUCUUUCGCGAAAUUUUCUUUAAAGCAUUUUACGUUUCUGAGCAGCUAAAAUCAUUUUUGUCUAUUUCUUAUUACGUAUUCUAGGACUGUCUUCUUAAUUCGCACAGUAAACCAGCCAACGAUGUAGCGAUCAAAAUAUCUUUCCUGAAAUUUCUUUAACGCACGUGCGUACAGGUGUGUAUAAUUAUUUAUAAAGUCAAAGAGUAAUAAAUUAUUUAUAUAUAUUAUCUAACUUCUAUAAAAAAUGAGUACGAUAUUUCCUAUUUCUUCUUUUUCUUUUUUUAAAUACAUUUUGGAAAUCUAAAGUUUCAUAAGUAUUGACUCGAUUAUUUUUUUAUUCUAUAUCUUUGUAUCAAUCGUCGAUUAUCAUCUCAAUUGACAUACGAAAGAAUGAUUAAUAUUUCACAUUCGAAUAUUAUCGUGCAGUACAAGAUUCAUCAUAUGACAUCUUAGGAAUUAAUCUAACAAUAAGCAGAAAAAUGUUCUGAUCACUUACUGACGUCGACUGGUAUCACUGUGUAACAAUAGACAUCUCUACACUAGGAUUAUUUACUUUAACACAGGUCUAUAUACUUGUGUUUCUCUCUUUAUGUAUAUAUAUAUAUAAGUCUAUAAAUGCCUAAUAUAAGUAUAUAAUACCUAUAUCAUUUGGAUACCGAUCUGACGGUAGCACACGUAGAAAAUUAGUAGCAUUAUUAGUCUGUUCAGCUGAUAUUUUGUAUAAACUUCCUAAUAUUAAAAUGAAACGAUGAAAUGAGAU